CCCACAGGAGACGAUGAACGUGUUCGAGUUGGCGUCUGCGGCAGGGCUGACCUGUGACAUUGACCCUGCCCUCGUGGCAGCUGUCAGCAGCAUGAAGACAGACAACACAUCGGCUGACGAAGAGUACAAGCUGUCCUGUUUGCUGCUCGUCUACGUGGCCGUGUCUCUGCCCAUCUUGGCCCUUGACAACAACUCGUCCUACAGCCGGGAGCAUGGAGGUGCAUGUCUAUUCGGUCAUUUUCCUCUGCUGCUCCCCGCUUGAUAGUAAUUUGUCGCCGAUGGCCCUCGACCAGCUACUAAUCGCCUCCUUUUUCAAGCCAUUAUCAACUGCUGAUAGCGGACGGUGAAGGGUCCAUUAGCAACCGAGUGCAUCAUACUUUCCACUCUGACUGACGUGUUACCCAGUAAAUUAAGUACGUCGGUUAAUGUGAAACAGGUUCGCGUCGAGAGACUUUUGUUUACAGAUAACCACGGUUGACGUGCGCUGGUACAGUUACUCUUGGCACGCGGCCCCGUCGACUCUUAACUGCUUGGCUCGGUGCCUGGACUGCAACACUAAGAGCAGAAAAUAAGCAAGAUUCCUAUCAGAGCAGAAUGUGCCACUCAGAUUACUUUCUUUGUCCUUUAUUUUCCACCGACACAGAAACAAAUUAACCUCAGCCAGCCCGAGGUAAUGUGCUCUAAAUGCUUCCUCCUUUAAGUGUCACAGAUCAUUUAGGUAAUUUUUUUUU